AAAUGCUGCUUGACGUCUUGGAGAAUCCGUAGACACUUCGGGGUGAAGGAUUCUGCCUUGGCUUGUUCACUCUAGCAUAAAACCUCGUGAACCAGCGGUUGUCCCUUCUCCAUAUGAUGCGGUGACUCACACAACCGUGCAAGGAGGAGAAUGCAACUGCACUCAGGCAAAAGAGAGGAACGGACUGGGUCCUUUUGCCACCAGGAAGUACAAUGUCGUCAUCAUCCUGCUCAUCCUUUCCAGUUUGUGUUGGAGAAACGUGGAGGUUCGCAACGUGUAGAUGAACUAACAUUCUUUCUCACUGCUACAUCCAAGCCAUUUAUAAUGGAGUACAUGCAAGCUCCUGCUACGAGCAGUCAGGGGAACAUCCUGUGCUGUACCUGUGGCAUCCCCAUCCCUCCAAACCCAGCCAACAUGUGUGUGUCUUGCCUCAGGACCACAGUGGACAUCUCUGAGGGAAUCCCCAAGCAAGUCAACCUGCACUUCUGCAAGCAGUGUGAACGGUACUUGCAGCCUCCAGCCUCCUGGGUGCAGUGUGCUCUGGAGUCCAGGGAACUGCUCGCCCUCUGCCUUAAAAAACUGAAGGGCAACAUGACCAAAGUGCGUCUGAUCGAUGCUGGAUUCCUGUGGACGGAACCCCACUCCAAGCGGAUCAAGUUGAAGGUGACCAUACAGAAAGAGGUGAUGAACGGAGCCAUCCUGCAGCAGGUGUUUGUGGUGGAGUUUGUCAUCCAGGGCCAGAUGUGUGACGACUGCCACCGUGUCGAGGCCAAGGACUUCUGGAACUCUGUGGUGCAAGUCAGACAGAAGACUUCUCACAAGAAGACCUUCUACUACCUGGAGCAGCUGAUUCUCAAGCACAAACUCCAUCAGAACGCACUCAACAUCAAGGAGAUCCAUGAGGGUAUUGAUUUCUACUAUGCCACCAAGCAGCAUGCUCAGAAGAUGGUGGAUUUUCUCCAGUGCACAGUCCCCUGCAGGUCAAAGACUUCCCAGCGCCUCAUCUCCCAUGACAUCCACUCAAACACAUUCAACUACAAGAGCACCUACUCCAUUGAGAUUGUUCCUGUUUGCAAGGACAACGUGGUGUGUCUGUCGCCGCGUCUGGCUCAGAGCCUGGGGAACAUGGGCCAGGUGUGUGUAUGCGCCCGAGUCACCAGCACCAUCCACCUGAUCGAUCCAAACACCCUGCAGAUCGCUGAGGUGGAUGGGGGCACAUACUGGCGCAACCCCUUCAACAGCCUCGUUAGCCCACGGCAACUGGAGGAGUUCAUCGUCAUGGAUACUGACGUCAUCAGGAACCAGAAGCUGAGGGCGGGAGCAGGCAUAAGGUCCAAUAAGCACACUCUGGCUGAGGUGUGGGUGCAGAAGACCUCGGAGAUGGACACGGCUCAGCAGUACCACUGUCGCACCCAUCUGGGCCACCUGCUCAACAUAGGAGACCUGGUGCAGGGCUUUGACUUUGCCAAUUCCAACGUUAAUGACGAGUUUCUGAACAAGAUGAACCCUAGUCAUAUUCCUGACGUGGUGCUGAUUAAGAAGAGCUACAACCGCAGCAAGAGGGUGAAGCGCAGGAACUGGAAGCUGAAGGAGAUGGACAAAGACCGAGAGGGCAUGGCGCCUGAAGACGAGAGACAAUACCAGGACUUCCUAGAGGACCUGGAGGAAGACGAAGCCCUGAGAAAGAACGUCAACAUCUUCAGAGAUGCGUCUAAGAUCCCAGUGGAGAGUGACACGGAUGACGAGGGUGCUCCUCGGAUCUCUCUGAUGGAGAUGCUGGAGGACCUCAGCCUAGCAGACGCCACCGGGGGAGAGGGAGCCGACAUGCUGACCGAAUAGACCAAUCACCGGCCUGCUUACAGCCACAUAAUGGCUGUUCAGACCAAUCAGGUUUUUACAAACAUCAACAUGAUGAUUGACUAGACAAAUGGGAAUCCUACUAGUAACAUGAGGGAUUCAAUAAGUUGGCAAUGCCACCUGUUGUCAGUUACCAUUGCUUACAGUCUCCACCCAACAGCAGCCACUCAGAGUCCUGCAGACUGGUCACUUCUAAGGUUGCUGAGGUAUUGAUGGUAACCUGCCCUUCUCUUUUCUUUACCCUGUCUCCAUGUUAGAGGCAGUGGGUUGUGGUGAUGUACUCGAAAAACCACUUCAUUUCCAAAUCAAAUAAAGUCUAAUCUGGUUACAAUAUGACUUUGUCAUUCUGAGACACUGCAUCCAAUAGAAAGACGUGGAGAUGUGGGGAAGAACCAUGAGCAUGGAUCUCAGUAUAGUACCAAUGACUUAAAAGGAGGGACAGGCCACAUAGUGAACGUGGCAGAAUGCACCAGUUGAGAAUCAAAGGUUGAGAAUCACUGCCAAAGGUGAUUCAACAAAGUACUUAAUAAAAGGCCUGAAUACUUAA